CACGCAUACAAUCGCCAUGUAUCGUUUAAUGGUCAUCCUGACAUUACUGGCCUCAGUUAUAGCUAUGCCAAAUCAGGGUCUGGCUGAAAAACGAAACACUGAAUGGAGCCAAACUUACAUGGGUUGUUUUAAAGAUGGUGUCGAAAGGGCAAUGAAUGCACACCACACUACUCACGAGUUGAUGUCAGUGGAAUAUUGCGUUGAUUUCUGUAGAACUACAGUUGGUAGCAUUUAUUCGGGGCUACAGAAUGGUACUCAUUGCUUUUGUGGUUUACAAUACAACAAAUACGGAGAGGCCAGUGAUACUGACUGCAACGUACCAUGUGCUGGAGACGUGAAUGACAUUUGCGGUGGUACAUUGACUAAUAGUGUUUACAAACUUGCUGUGAGGGCCGUGUGGAGAGGAGAUCCACAUAUGAUCACGUUCGAUGGCCAUCCUUACAGAUUUGAAGGUGUAUGCUGGUAUACUAUGAUCAAGGAUUGUUCAAACCUGCAUCCAGAAUUUGAAAUCAGUGCAAAAUUUGAACCCCGUGAUGAUAGUACGAUCGAAGUAAUUAAGAGCAGAACAACAGCUAUCAAUGUUACUGUUGGUAACGAAUACGUCUUCAUCGACGGUCUUAAUGUUACUAAAGGAAAUAGUAAAAAGAUGCUGUUGAAGUCACCAACAAUAUCUGUCAAGGAAGACGGAUAUAUGGUGAAGUUGAAAUUCAUGCUGUCAGGCACAGAAUUCAUGCUCGAGUGGACCCUGAAAAAACGUAUCUUUACUGCAAAGCUCUCAGGUUCGAGUUACCGAGGUAAACUAUGUGGUCUACUUGGUAACGCCGAUGGAAAUAGUCUCAAUGACUUCCAGAAACCGGAUGGUAUCGUUGUGCAUGAUGUUGUUGAGUUUGGGGAAAGCUGGAAAAACCAUGAUAUGAAAUGUGAUGAGGACUGGAGUGUUUGACGGCCAAAAUUAUGUUGACUCACAACAAUGCUUGAAUAGCAUUACUAUAAACAGGGUUUAAAAAUAUGGGUGUGGUUAUGAUUAUAGUCAAAAAAUAAAAAAUAUUAUAAUGU